GUAACUUCGUGUUUAUCUAUAGUAAAAAUUAUUUGCAUUUAAAUUUCUAUAUUUAAAAAAGGAAAAAAGUAAUUUGUGUUUUAUCAGUUAAUGAUAAUCAAUAAUCAGCAAACAUUCAUACGUUAUAAUAUAAUAGAUGAUCAUAACGAAGAGCAGCAGAACAACAUAAUUAUUAUAAAAAUUGAAUCUGAAUCCAAUUCAUCUUGUAUUAAAAUUAAAAUGUUAAUUUUGAGAAAAAGUGUUAUUCUAUUAGUAAUAUUAUGUAUAUUAUGUAUAUAUACUAUAACAUUAGAGAGUAGAUCAAUUAAUUCAGAUGAAAAAAAUACAAGUGAUAGUAAAUCGAAUCGUAAUGGUAGAGCAUUUACACGUUUUCAAAGAAAUACUUCCAGAUUAUUAAAUAAAAGAUCUCAAUCAAAAAAUUGUGCAAAUUCAACACACACAUUUGAAUCAUUACCAGUUCCAGCUGGAAAAAAUUUAGAAUUAGUGCAUAUUGUAUUUAGACAUGGAGCUCGAACACCAGCUGAUACAUAUCCAAAUGAUCCACAUAUUAAUGAAACAUUUAAACCAUAUGGUUGGGGACAAGUUACAAAUUUAGGUAAAUGCAAAUUGUAUAAUACUGGUGAAUGGUUGAGGACACGUUACAACUCGCUACUGGGACCAUAUUAUUUUCCAGACCUUGUUCAUGCCCAAAGUACUGGUGUAUCAAGAACUCAAAUGUCAAUUCAAAUUGUAUUAGCUGGUUUAUUUAAACCCAAAUCAACUCCAAUGGAAUGGAAUAAAAAAUUAAAUUGGCAACCAAUACCAGUUAAUUAUGAGGAAUUAAAUAAGGAUACAUUAUUGUUAGUACGUAUUCCUUGUCCACGUUAUGGUGAAAAUUUCGAUGAAAUUAUGAAUGAAAAUGAAAAUAUUAAAGAUUUAAUGGAAAGAAGUGCUGAACUUUAUAAAAAUUUAACUGAAAUUACUGGUUUAGAAAUAAAAACACCAGAUGAUGUAAGCUCCCUUUAUAGUACACUAAAAGCUGAGAAAGAAUAUGGUUUAACACUACCAAAAUGGACAAUGGAUUAUUUUCCAGAUAAAAUGCAAGAAAAUGCUGAACUUUCAUACAAUUUUAAUAUUUAUACAAAAGAAAUGCAAAAAAUUAAAUCUGGUCCAUUUAUUAAAAAAAUGUCUAAUGAAUGGAAAGCCAAACGUGACAAUACAUUGUCACCAAGUACUCGAAAACUUUAUAUUUAUUGUGGUCAUGAUUCAAGCAUUGUGAAUUUUCUUUAUGCCCUAGGUGUUUGGAAAACUCAGUUUCCUGGUUAUUCAGUAAUGGCCAUAUUUGAAUUAUAUAGUACUACAGAAGGAGAUUAUGAAGUAAGAAUUUAUCAAAAGGAUGAAGGUGAAAAUCCAAUUCCAUUAACAAUUCCUGGAUGUACAGAAUAUUGUCCAUUAGAUAAAUUCUUAGAACUAACAGCUGAUAUUAUACCUGAAGAUGGUUUAACUGAAGAAUGCAAAGCAAAAGAUCCAAAUUAUGUGCCACCACCAUUAGGUGGUCCAUAAAAUAAUAAAGUAUAUUCAACAUACAAACAUUAUACAUAUUUUUGAGAUCUUUCGAUAUCAAAUCUUUUCCUUCCUUUGAAAAUAAAAUUGUGAUUAUUGUUCGUCAAGUUUUCAAUAAAAUUAUUUUUCGUAUAAAAUUUUGAAGAUUUUUUAAAGAAUUUGUUUAAUUUUUUCUUUCUUAAAAAAAAACUUGAUUGAUUCAUGUUAUUGGUAUUGAAGGACCAAAGCCAUUCCGAAGUUUAGCUUCAACUGGCUUUAAUUAAAUUUAUUGAAAAACUAAAAUUUAAAUCAAAUUUAAUUAUUGUUAAAUAACGCAGCAUCUGUGCAUUGUCAAUUUUUAUCUUCACAAGCUACAGCAAUAUAGCCCUUAAUUAAUUUGAAAAAGACCAAUUUGUGUACAUUUAUUUAUUUAAAACAGAUUAAUUAAUUAGAAUAAAACAUAAUAAUUAUUUAAGAUUCUUAA